AGCACCAUGCAUUCGGAAGGGAAAAAAAUGGAGAUGAUUCCUACCAAUCUCUUGUUCUGUAUUUCCUGGCUUUUCUUUGUUCUUUUUUGCAGGUUGCUCUUGGUGGAGGCUGCGGUGGCUCAAAAUACUAUGGCCUCCGCCACGAUUCCGGUGAAUGUGGGAGUGGUUCUUGAUCUGGAUACGUGGGUUGGGAAGUUAGGGUUGAGUUGCAUCAACAUGGCCAUCUCUGAUUUUUAUUUCAACCAUAGUAACUACAGAACCAGGCUAGUUUUAAAUGUAAAAGACUCUGAGGGAGAUAUUGUUGGGGCUGCCGCUGCUGCUCUGGACUUGAUUAAGAAUGUCCAAGUGCAAGCAGUCAUAGGACCCAGCAAUUCAAUGCAAGCAAACUUCAUGAUAGCCCUCGGAAACAAAUCUCAAGUGCCCAUCAUCUCUUUCUCCGCGACGCGUCCUUUCCUAAUUUCCUCAAUGAGAAGUCCGUACUUUUUUCGAGCAACCCACAACGAUUCAUCCCAAGUCAAAGCCAUUAGUGCCAUUGUCCAAACCUUUCGAUGGAGAGAAGCCGUGCCCAUAUAUGUAGACAAUGAGUUUGGAGAAGGGAUUAUACCUUACUUAUCCGACGCUUUAGAAGAGGUUAAUGCUCGGAUUCCUUACCGAAGCGUUAUCUCUCCUGGGGCCACUGACGUGGAAAUUGAAAAAGAGCUAUUUAAGUUAAUGUCAAUGCAAAGUAGAGUGUUCAUCGUUCAUAUGACCCCAGAUCUUGGGUCUCGGGUUUUUGACAAAGCAACAGAGAUUGGAAUGAUGAGUGAAGGAUAUGUUUGGAUAAUAACUGAUGGGAUGACUAAUCUUUGGAGUUUGAUUCAUCAUUCUGAUCAUAUGGAUUCCAUGCAGGGUGUGUUGGGUGUAAGGAAUUAUGUUCCGAAAUCAAAAGAGUUGGAGAAUUUUAAGGUUUUUCCAAGAGGUUCUCCUCUUGUAGCAGAUGUUUCAAGAGCAAUCCUUAAUGUCACUGAAAGCUUUAGAAUAGGGGAUAUUAAAAAUGCAUGGAAGAAACAAACCAAUUGUCCUGAUUCAAGCACCUUGGAUUCUUCAAAUAGUCUGAGUCUUGGAAGCUUUUGGGGCCUUUUCCUCGUUGCCGGGGUGACCGGUGUGUUAGCUCUUGUCUACUCUGCAGCGGAGUUUUUAUAUGAGCAGAGGGACGUGUUGCGCGAGUGUGACCCUGGAAUUUCAAUAUGGAAUAGAAUUCUUCAAGUAUUGCGAAACUUCGACCAGAGAGACCUGACCUCACAUGCCUUCAGGCAGCGUGGAUUAAGAGAGGAAGAUAGCAAUAUUGAAAUCAUUCCAAUUAGAGGUGCUGUUGAAUCCCCGGUUAAGAUCCCUGUUAAAGCCUCGAUUGAGAUCCCUGUUGAAGCCCCUGUUGAGAUCCCUGUUGAAAACCCUGAUGAUAUAAGUGGCGCAGCAACAUCCGUGGAAAUAGAAAUUCAUCAUGCUAGCACAAACAGCUCAUGAAAAAGCUUAGCUCAACACCAGUAACAAUAUUAGUGUGGUUUCUAAAUCUUUUAUAUGGGCUUUCAUCCAAGUUAGAUUUUUGUAUUGGGCUGUGUUUGUAUAUUAUGCAUAGUAUAUAAUUGUAGUAGCUGUAAUCUUUAGUAUGUACGCAUGUACUCCACAUAAAAUUAAAACAUCUGC